UUAUCCUCAGCCGCUUCUCCCUAAUAACCUUCGCUCGCUCCUCCACUCUCUCGCUUCCGGACAGUAACAGUAAUGGAUCUGUUGACCUCUUCCUCCGUUCCCCUUCGUAGCCCCUUUCGAACCGCCAUUAGCGACUCCCACCCUUGUCGCUGCCUCCUCCUCCCACUUCGACGAACGCCUCCCGCCGUCAUUUCUUCCUUUGCUAUCCCCACUGCGCCGCGUAGACACCGCCACCGUGCUCGGACUCGGUCCCUCCAUGCCGCCCCCGCCAGGCGCACCCACCGCCCGUCCGACCCCGCCAACGACCGUCUCCGCCGCGUCGUUCGGCUCGGCGAGCUCGACGAGGGCCUUCGCCUCCUCGAGGCCAUGCCCGGCCGCGGCGAGGUCCCCGAUAUCAUCCCCUGCACCAGCCUCAUCCGUGGCUUCUGCCGCCUCGGCCGCACCCGCAGCGCCGCCCGCGUCCUCGACCUCCUCGAGUCCUCCGGCGCCGCCCCCGACGUCAUCACCUACAACGUCAUGAUCGCGGGGUACUGCAAGUCCGGCGUGCCCGACGCCGCUCUCCGCCUCCUCCGCCGCAUGACCGUCCCGCCCGACGUCGUUACCUACAACACCAUCUUUCAGUCUCUCUGCGAGCGGGGCCGCCUCACGAAGGCGCUCGAGUUGCUCGACAGUAUGCUUCAGCGGGGCUGCGCUCCUGACGUCUUCACCUACACCAUUCUAAUUGAGGCCGCCUGUAAGGAGAGCGGCGUCGGGCAGGCGAUGAAGCUCCUGGAUGAGAUGCGGGCCAAGGGAUGCACCCCGGAUGUGGUCACGUACAACGUCCUCAUAAAUGGGAUCUGCAAGGAGGGUAGGCUGGAUGAGGCGAUCGAGUUCUUGAGUGGCAUGCAGUCGUACGGCUGCAAUCCGAAUGUCAUAUCCCAUAACAUUAUCCUGAGGAGCAUGUGCAGCACAGGCCGGUGGAUGGACGCCGAGAAGCUGUUGGCAGAUAUGAUCCACAAGGGUUGCUCGCCAAGUGUCGUGACCUUCAACAUCCUUAUCAACUUCUUGUGCCGGAAAGGGCUGUUGGCCCGUGCCAUCGAUGUGUUGGAGAAGAUGCCCGAGCAUGGGUGCACGCCCAAUUCGAUGAGCUAUAACCCGGUGCUUCACGGGUUCUGCAAGGAGAAGAAGAUGGACAGAGCACUAGAGUACUUGGAUAAAAUGGUCUCGAGAGGGUGUUACCCAGAUAUAGUGACAUAUAACACUUUGCUUACUGCAUUGUGCAAGGAUGGCAAGGUUGAGGUUGCUCUCGAGAUGCUUCAGCAACUAGGAGGCAAGGGAUGUUCCCCUGUCUUGAUUACAUAUAACACGGUCAUCGAUGGGCUGUCGAAGGUUGGGAAUACAUCGAAAGCACUGGAGCUUUUGAAGGAGAUGAUGCAGAAGGGGCUUCAUCCCGACGUAAUUACUUAUUCCUCACUAGUUGCUGGUCUUAGUAGAGAAGGUAGAAUCAAUGAAGCAAUCAACAUAUUUCAGGACUUGCAGAAGAUGGGGACCAGACCCAAUGCCAAUAUAUACAACUCGAUCAUUUUGGGACUUUGUAAAGCUCAGCAGACGGUUCGAGCUAUCGAUUUCUUUGCUUAUAUGGUUUCGAACGGGUGCAUGCCUACUGAAUCAACCUACACUAUCCUUAUCGAAGGAUUAGCUUAUGAAGGAAUGACCACUGAGGCUUUGGAGCUACUUGGUGAAUUAUGUUCUAGAGGAGUCGUCAAGAAGAACAACUCCAUGGAAAAUGUGGUUGCGAAAAUAUAGAUCAAAGGCUGCAACUUGAUCAUCCUUGGCCAUAGCAAGCUUUGUCAAGAUGAGAUUUGGGUAAAGGAGUGUGAACCUCUUCAUUUUCACCUGACAACCUCGGUGUUGAGUUUUUGACUGGAGUAAAACAGGUUCCAUGAUCCUAAUGCUGAAAUCAAUUUUCAGAAUGACUGUCCAACUUGAGUGAUUGAAGUUCCAGGGCUACAAACAUUCUGAUACAAGUACAUUUCUAACUCAUUCUGAGAUACCUCAGCUCAUUCCUGCCAAAUCCAAACCCUCCUUCUCCUUUUAGUCAACGCCCAAACAAAUAGAUAUGCCCCAACCACAACAAUGUGGUCACUAACCUACUUUCAGAUCAGCUCCGCCUGCGAUUGGAGGGGAUAUGAUCGGAUGGCAAAGAUUGAUCGUCAUACAAAAUGAAGGCUCGAAGAGUACAGAUCUAAUGGCGGGAGAGACAACAAACCCUCAUCCUUCUCACUCACCUUUGGCACUGUGGUGGCCGGGGAGAGUAUCAAAAGGAUGAUAGCGAUGGAUAUAGUGAGCGAGACAACAAAGAAACGAUGAAUCACCGUAUUGCAAAUAGCCUUUGGAUUGAGAAUCGUCAUUUUGGCUAGGGUUUCAAGAUUGACGUAGAUGCAAAGCAACACCAAAGGAGGAAGAGGAGGUAGAGCAGUGUAGCUCCCUUCUCUUCCUCGUUCGAUAUCAACGCAGAUGCCUCAUCUCUUUGCCUCCUCUUCCCUAUCAAUGUUCGAAGCGAUAUUAGCAUGGUCAAUCACCACGUCAUUAUCGUUGAUCACCACCACAACUACCCACAAUGCUAUCAUCGUUAAAAUUAUCUUUUUCC